AUGUUAUUGUACAGCAGGAAGAAAGUGCGAUACAGACGUGAUGGAUAUUGUUGGAAAAAAAGAAAAGACGGCAAGACUACUCGUGAAGACCACAUGAAGUUGAAAGUCCAAGGAACCGAGUGCAUUUACGGGUGCUAUGUACAUUCAGCGAUACUUCCAACAUUUCACAGAAGGUGUUACUGGUUAUUGCAAAACCCUGAUAUGGUGUUGGUGCACUAUUUGAAUGUACCGUAUCCAGACGACAACAAAUUAUCGGUAAUUUCGCCGAGCCUCGCACUGUGGGCUGAUCGUAAAGAGUGGACGAAAGAUGAAUUACUAUCUCAGUUGAAACCCAUGUUUUACGAGGAAGACCCUGACCUUAGCAACGAAAUGGAAGUAUCGACGGCCGAAUGCGUAGCCGCCAUGGUCACACAGCUGAUGGAGUGGCAGAAGAACGCCAGGGCGACUCUACUUAGCCGAACGCUGGAAUGCGGAUGUCCGGACUCCACGUGCGCGGACGGACAAUCGUGCUCGCGCCCGAUCAGACGGAUUUCGCCGUCAGACAGCAAUCAGGUGUCGUCGACAACUGGAAAUCGAUCGCGCCCCGGUACAAUGUUACUCACCAACCACCACGUUAACUCGUCCAGGACCACGAUGAACACGUUAAUGAUCGCUAAUCACGUCAAUCAUAAGGCACAAAGUGGGCCAACCUCCUUGAACACCACAUUGAACAACAACUUGUUGUCAAAUUCCACGAGGGAUUUUCGCAAUCAACCACAACAACAGCAACCGCAACAACAACAAAUAAUUCUCAAGCACGAUUGCAGAGAUAACAAUCAAAUAUUAAACAACAGACAACCACCGAUCAACGUGACGGACAAUAAUCACAUUCCCACUACAAUGAUAUCGUAUAAGCCACAAGGUUCAGACGAAGUGAUCCACGUGUAUACCGAAAAACAAACGUAUCACACUUCGCAAAAUCAAGACGAGCACGCUGUACACUUGUUCCACGGACAAGAUCAUCUAAAACAACAGUCAGACCACGUAAAAUCGGAAUUCUAUGAUGUCACAUUAGAUUUGUCCCACGAUGACAUACAACAGACGCUUUCAGCCAAUAUGCCUGUCUCGUGUGCCAAUGCUGAUCAAUUGCUACGAUUGGAUGACGAUCAUAGUAAUAAAAAUCUAGACGGGCAUGGAGACGAUGUAUUUGUGAGUCUCGAUGCGUUUGAUAUGCUUACUGACUUCCAAGAACUUGAUAUCCUAGAACAUGCAACGCAACAUGCUUCAAAUUUGGUUACGGAAAUAGGAACAAAUGCAGCGGAUAUGCAGCCACACGGGCAACCACAAUUAGACAUGGACGUACUACAAAUAACUGAUUACUGUCCUGAAUGGGCAUUUCCUGAGGGAGGCGUUAAGGUACUAAUCACGGGACCUUGGUUUUCUUCCUCUUCAUACACUGUUAUGUUUGAUACGAUCACAGUUCCAAGCACUUUGAUUCAAGGAGGUGUCUUACGAUGUUACUGUCCAGCUCAUGAUAUAGGCACCGUUACAUUGCAAGUAGUCAUUGAUGGCAGGCCAGUAUCUACCACCGCGAUAUUUGAAUACCGUCAACAUGAAUUCCCACUAACUAUUUCCUCAUUAUCAAUGUCACAUACACCAUCCCUACUCAAGUUUCAUUUGUUACAAAAACUUGACUCCAUCGAAGAUUACUUACAGCAGCCGAGCAAUCAACAAACAGACCAACCAUUAAAAGAUAGUAUCGUUAUGUUUAGCAAGCCCAACUUUGAAGAUCAGCUUGUAAAUUAUUGUGAAAAAAUGAAACAGUUUUCGUGGAAAUCUGAAUCUGAAUGUAACGUUAAGCAAUUAGAAACCGAAACCACUAUUUUACAUAUGGCUGCUUUUUUGGGAUAUUCUAAACUUGUGUGCAUACUACUUCAAUGGAAAUUAGAAAACGUGUCACAGUUUUUGGAAAUGGAAGUCAAUGUUUCAAAACAAGAUCGUGAAGGAUAUACGCCACUGAUGUGGGCUUGUAAAAAAGGACACAAAGAUACAGCAGUUUUACUGUGUCAGUGGUAUCAAACUGUUCAAAAUUCAAAUAACAAUUUUAAUCAGGAUUACUCUCAACCCGAUAUAUUAGAAUCCGUUCAUCAGUAUUUCAACGAUUUCAAUCAAAAUCAGUACUGCACCAAUGACAAUUCAAGUAACGAUGUAUUUUUAAGGCCCGAUGGAAUCAAUAGUGACGUUAAGAAAGAAAUUAAUCAAACCACCGAUGAGCCAAAUAAUCCAAUACCACCGCCUAAUAAAUCUGUUACCAUAUUAUGUUCAAAAGGGGAAACCAAACCAGAUAAAAACGAAAUAAAACCACAAGAAACUCAAGGUUCCAAAAGACCAUUACCCAAUAGCUUCUUCCAAACGGAUGACUAUUACGAUCAAUUUUGCAAACCAUCACUCUAUUUCCCAUCUAUUCAAAAGUUCCAAAAGAGUUUGUUUCUUCCACUACAAUCUCCUACAUCGGAUAGCGGAAAUUCGUCCGAAAAAUCACCAGUAUUAACAAAGUCUGAUUUUAUAAUUUGCAUGGUAACCGCGCUGGCCGAUGGACCGGCGGACGGAGCCGUGGGUAGUGAGAACGAUGGCAAUGGUAACACGCGAUCCGACGAACGUCAGAACGAUGAACGAAUCGAAGACGCUGUUCAAACGCCCAAAGAUCCCGCUGAACACGGGGAACACGAUGUUCGUGUUUUAACAUUAGCCGAACAAUUCAUAGCGGCUAUGCCUGAUCAUAUUAAGAAUGAAAACGGAUCACAUGGUAAAAUUGUAGAAUCAUCAAUUAUUACAAUGGAAGUGCUCGACGAUCCUCCGUCAUCUGUGUCGUCAUGUUGUUUUGAUACCAACUCUGAAAUGAACACGGAAUUCAAUGAACAUGUUUAUCAUUAUCGGCAAAAAGAUCGAGAAAUAGAAACACCCACCUCCAGCACCAGUUUAACCUUAAGUCCAGUGUCGAGUGCAUCACAAUGUUCGCCCGCAUCACCACCACCGACUGCUGCAGAUCUAUGUGAAUUUCUCCAUGCUUCGUCAAACAAUCAAUAUUUUGAAAAGAAUUUUUCGAACCUUACACUGUCCGAUUACGAACAACGGGAAUUAUAUGAGGCGGCCAAGACUAUUCAGAAGGCGUACAGAACGUACAAAAAAAGAGAAGAGGAUAAAGAAAUUUCAGCUGCUUCGGUCAUUCAAAAUUAUUAUCGCCGUUACAAACAGUAUGCAUAUUACAAGCAGAUGACAAAAGCUGCUAUUCUAAUUCAAAAUCAGUACCGUAUAUACAGAAGACAUAAGCGGUUUAAAAAAGAAACUCCUUGUUACACUAAUAACACGUUCACUGUUAUUAAAAAAAAUCAAAAUCAAAAACGUCAAAACCAAGCAGCUCGAAAAAUUCAACAAUUUAUGCGACAGUCCAAGCAUGGUACGUCUCCUCCUGCCACUAUCAACGAACGCACUUUUGGAUCUCGUAAGCGAGAAGCUAAUGGUAAUCACAAUAUGAAAUAUCCUCCGACAAAAGUGGCCCAAUACUCGACACUCAACCACAACUGA